CAAAUACUACGCUUGGCGCGUUUGUCCAACUUGUUGGCGCCACAGACACAAUUCAUUCACCAAGUGGUGUCAGCAGGAGAAGUUUGGAGUCAGUUACUUUGCUUACAUUUCAGUGAAGUGUCCUUUUUGUCGCUAAAUAACCUAUUCGCAGACAUGACAAAGCUAUCAGAGGGUGCUAUAGAGGCUCUCACAAAUGGCACUGGUGAAAACGACCUAGUUCUUCAGCUGGUGAAUAUUCGCAAGCUUGAAGGAGGAAGUGGUCACACUCGCUGGAGGGUGAUGAUGAGCGAUGGACGGCACACACUGUCCUCCUUCAUGCUGUCAACGCAGCUCAACUUCAUGGCUGAGGAGAACAAACUGGUCCCGAACUGCAUCUGCCUUCUGAAAAGGCAUGUGACCAAUAUACUGAAGGAUGGAAGACGGGUAGUAAUCAUUUUGGAAAUUGAUGUCAUCAAGCCUGCUGAAGCUGUCGGAGGAAGAAUAGGAGACCCUACACCUUUCACUGAGGGUCAGGGUAAAGCCCCACAGCCAGUGCCGACCCCUGAACAACGCCCUCCACUACAGCCACAGAACUUAAAUGAUGCUCCUCUGCCUGUGCAACGAAGUUACAAUAAAGACUUUGGGAAGAAAGCCCCGUCUGCAAUGCCCAGCACUCCAGGGGGCAGCUCUAAAGUUGUGCCCAUCGCCAGCCUGAACCCUUACCAGUCCAAGUGGACGGUCCGAGCCCGUGUGACCAACAAGAGCACCAUCCGCACAUGGAGCAACUCUCGUGGUGAUGGCAAACUCUUCUCCAUGGAGGUCGUGGAUGAGAGUGGGGAGAUCCGUCUGACGGGUUUCAACCAGGAGGUGGACAAGUUCUUCAGCCUCAUUGAGGUUGGCAAGGUCUACUACAUCUCCAAGUGCUCCCUAAAGAUCGCCAACAAGCAGUACACGUCAGUGAAGAACGACUACGAGAUGACCCUCAACGGGGAGUCCUCCAUCAUCCCCUGUGAUGACAGCAGCGAUGUUCCCAUGGUGCAGUGCGACUUUGUCUCUAUUGCCGACCUGGAGAGCAGAGAGAAGGAUUCCACUAUUGAUGUGAUUGGAGUGUGUAAGAGCGUGGAUGAAGUGACCCGCCUCACAACUAAGUCUAACAAAGAAGUUUCCAAGAGGACAAUUGGUCUAAUGGACAUGUCGGGGAAGCUGGUGACUGUUACACUGUGGGGAGAGACAGCGGAGACUUUUGAUGGCUCUGGACAGCCCAUUUUAGCCAUUAAGGGGGCGAAGCUUUCAGACUAUGGAGGCCGCUCCAUCUCCGCAUCCUUCAGCAGCACCCUGAUGAUCAACCCAGACAUCCCUGAGGCAUAUAAGCUCCGAGGCUGGUAUGACAAGGAGGGUUAUGCCAUGGAGGGACAGUCUCUGACAGAGUCCAAAGGUGGCGGCGGGGGAGGAAACACCAACUGGAAGACUCUGUCUGACGUCAAGACUGAGCACCUGGGACACGGAGACAAGGCGGAUUACUACACCUGCAUCGCUACCAUAGUUUACCUGCGCAAGGAAAACUGCCUUUACCAGGCCUGUCCCAGCCAAGACUGCAACAAAAAAGUAGUAGAUCAACAGAAUGGCAUGUUCCGCUGUGAAAAGUGCGACAAAGAGUUCCCCAACUUCAAGUACCGCCUCGUCCUUUCUGCCAACAUUGCAGAUUACGGGGACAACCAGUGGGUGACUUGCUUCCAGGAGAGUGCAGAGGUCAUCCUCGGCCAAAAUGCAGCUUACCUGGGGCAGCUCAAGGAGUCGAACGAAGCUGCCUUUGACGAGGUCUUCCAGCAAGCCAACUUCAACACGUUCGUCUUCCGCAGCAGAGUGAAGCUGGAAACAUACAACGAUGAAUCCAGGAUCAAGGCUUCAGUGAUGGAGGUGAAGCCUGUGGACCACAAGGACUACAGCAAGAGGCUGAUCAUGAACAUAAGGAACAUGGCUUCUAAUUAGACACCGUGUUUUGUCCCUGUACAGACGGCUCUAAACGUGAUAAAGUUUUGCUUACAUAGCAGUUAAGUUUAUUGUCUUGUUGUUCGUUUUGUGUUUAACUUUCCCCCGAGUGAGAAAUCCUUCAGAAGUACUUGUGACUGUACACCUUCACUUUGUAAAAUAAUGUUUGGUGACCUGAUUCUGGGAACACUUUUUCUUCUUUGUUGGUGAACAUAACAGACAAUGUUUCUCUCUGUUUUUACCCUUUCCUCUUUGUUAUUUGGGGGAAGCAGAGCAGAGAGUGGGUCAGUCAGCCACAAAAGAAAUCAUCAGCGUGUCUUAAGUCAGCCAGUUGUUCCUGCAUGCACUGUGGUCAUGAAGGGGGUGGGUGUGUGUGUGUGGAGGGGACCAGAACAGUAGCUAGCAGUCUUUUAUACUUUAUGACGCUCCCAGUCAUAAUGGCUCGGUUGGACCUGCACAUUCCCGAUAAGACACUCUACUCUCACUCUGUCCUCCCCCCUCAGUCUCUCACAUAAUUGCAAACAUAAGCACAUGUACACAUUCACAGUGCAGACCUAAUGGGGAAAUGCACUUCUCUCUAUUUAAACAGAUUCAAGGUGUUUACAAUCUUUUCAAUGCCUUGGAAAUGUAAGUUCUGUAGUUUUGUUUUUGGGAUAGUUAACUGAUAAUAAAAAGUUUGUAACCAAA